AUGGAUGGAUUAAUUAAUCUAUCUAUCUAUCUAUCUAUCUAUCUAUCUAAUUUACCUAAAUAUCUGGUUACUUCCAAAAGUGGUGGGAAGGUGUUGAAGGCCAUCACCUCCCGAGACACAAGUUUUACGCUUUCUCGUCACGUGCUGGUGAUGAUGGUCCUAUGUAUCUAUCACAAUAGACCCAUAUCUAUCUAUCUAUCUAUCUAUCUAUCUAUCUAUCUAUCUAUCUAUCUAUCUAUCUAUCUAAGUAGAUUCAUUUCUCUCUAUUUCCGAUGCUCAUAUCUAUCUAUCUAUCUAUCUAUGUCAGUAGACCCAUAUCUCUCUCUCUCUCUCUCUCUCUCUCUCUCUCUAUCUAUGUAUUUCAGUAGAACCAUAUCUCUCUGUCUACGUAUGUAUGUAUCUAUCUAUCGUAACCCAUAUCUAUCUUUGUCAGUAGACCAAUAUCUGUCUAUCUAUGUCAGUAUCUAUCUAUCUAUCUAUCUAUCUAUCUAUCUAUGCCUCUAA